AUGACUCUAGAAGAAUCUCGAAACUUACAUCAGUCACUGCCAUCAGCAAAUUUUAGUGGCAGUUACUUGACCAACGCCAAUCAGAUUAACAGUUCACAUCAUUAUCAAAACAGUCAAAAUCCUACGAAUUAUCCUCCAUUAUUCCAUCCUGCAGCUGUAGCAGCUGUUGCUGCUGCAGCUGCAGCGGCUGGAUACACACAACAGUUCAAUCCAGGUGUUAUAAGUCGUCCACUCAACUUGACAGCUAAUCCUAAUGGUCCCAAUCCAUAUUUCUCUUCUGCAGACACAAGCAGAGCUUAUUAUGCUAGCUUUGCAUUACAACAGUCUGGAUUUUAUCCUGGAUCCCAUGCUUUCAAUAAUUUGGGAGGCAUGAAUAUACCUCAGGAUUUUUCAUUUCCGAAUCCCACUACCUCCAUUCCUCUAUCCAGCACUGGAGUGGAAUUCCCUUCAUGUCUAUCAACUAGUACGACGGAGACUGAAAAUGGUUCAAAGUUACAACGAGUUUCUGGCUCUACUAAGAAUUCCAAAACUUCCGCUAGUAGUGUAAAAACACAUGCGAAAUCGUCAGGUGUUCGCGGCAGGAAAUCGAUUUCGUCCGAUGAGAUGGCAAAUCGCAAACGCCAGGAAUUUAAUGAACUUGUUAAAGCCCGCACUGAGAAGCUUAUGUCCGAUGGUCCCAUUGCAAAUUCAUCAACCAAUUCCGGUCCUUUAUCAUCUUCAAGUUCAGCUGGUUCUACAGGACCGGAAUCUGGAUCACCGAACUAUCGUAAAUUAAUUCAUGCUGUCUUAGAUGCUAAAAAAUCAGCUCUUCUUAGAUCUCCAUCUGUUAUUCAUUUUCUAGUUAGUCAACAGCGUUCCCUAACUGAAUAUAAACGUCAAACAGAAUUAUUUUGCGUUACAAUGAAUAGAUGA